AUAAUUGGUGCACGGAAAUACAACUGCGGUAAAAUUACUAAGUAAUAACGCACAUGAUAAUUGUCGGCACUUCCGUAAUAUUUCUUUACGUACGAACUACUACAGCCAUCCUCGUGAAACGGAGAAUGACUGCAUUCUACCUACGACUUCUGAUGGUGGUAGCGGCAUUGUUUUUGAUUGAUUGCGGUGGCGUAUUCUCCCUGAAAUGUUACAAGAAAACGUUGUCUGCCAACGAAAUGGUCGAAGAGAUCUGCCCAUCACUCAACGACACAAACUCUUGGAACAGCACUUUGAAUGGAGGUCGUCCAGUGUGUUGGAAGACCACACCACCCAAUCCGGAUAUCGAAUCAAUUACGAGGGGCUGCGGUGUUCGGGAAGGAAAUAUGGAGUGCGUGAAAAGUCUUUCUAAUUAUUCUUCGUUGUCUUUCGAGGAAAUCUGCUACUGUGAUGUUGAUCUGUGCAAUACGGCGUCCCCAAUGUUCAGUGUCGGCGCUUCAGUGGGACCGGGAAUUCUAGCGUUCAUCAUUAGCUACAUUCUCUAGCUUUUCGUUGGACUACCGAACCCCAAAGAGUGAUACGCAUCACGGGGAUCGAUUUACGCUGGAGUCCAGUGACAAUGGCUUACCUUUUUUCGAUGUGAUAUUGUGCAUAGCCGUAUAAUGUCGUACUGCUCAAUUUGAUGUGAUUUAUUUUCGAGUAGCCCGUUGUUAUUUUCGACUGGGUAAUUACCCAGUCGAAAAAUAAUAAUAAGCAUGCUCAGGAAAUACGAAUGGUAUUAUCAUUUAAGUGAGUGGUAAGUACUUGUUCAACUUCUCAUGGGCGUCAUUUUCCGGAUACCAGAUCCAGGCCGCGUCGGGAUGAGUUCGUAGCAGAACCGGCGCGUCAGCACGUAUGUGUAAGAAAAUAUCUCCCGAAUAAGCAAAAUUUGCUUGGACCGGCUGGACGACCAACUAUUGUGCUUCGACGAACUGAUACUGCGUACAAACAAGGCAACCGUUUGAAUAAUGCAGCAAAACGCAAAAGCGAGUCCGCCGAGUCGGCAUGCCGCAAGGGUGCAUUCCCAUUCCGCCGGCAACAUUUUGAGAAUCAGAUCUAUCUUUGCAAAACCUUACGAUUGUGGCUAUCGUAAAGCUUUCACAAUUUACUGAGCAGCUUUUUCACCUUUAUCUGGAUACGAUAUUCAAAAGACUUUGUUUCAAGACAACUCUGUCGAUAGCAAAGUUGGUAAAUAUGAAAGUUUUUGUUUUUUUGCGGAUAUCACGAAGUAAUAAAUAACCCAAUACUUUGCUGAAUUAUCAAAACCGUUAUG